AUGGCGACAGCAGCUGUCAAGGCCGGCGGGACGAGCGCCAAGAGAUGCAUAUCAGGUUUGCUCACCACCUCGAGGUCUGCGGUCCGCCUUGAAAAGUCGGUGAUAAACCUGGCUCACUGGACACCCUCCGAGGCAGUGGAGACAACCCUGCAAGCCGCGAUUCUCACAUGGGAUUUUGCCAUGCAGAAUGUGGCCCUGCGGAUAAACCUAUUUCUCGUGUCACCUUCCAACACGAGUCGCAUCGAGAAUUCCAAGAUACAUGUAUUACGCUGCUCGGCUAGGUCUUCAUCGGGUUACUCGUCAAGCCUGCUCCCUCAUUACGCCCGGGACAUUGCCACAGGGAUCAUCCACGAGUCACGCGGCACGUAG